AUGAUGCAUUUAUGGACACAUGGAAACCAGGCAACCCGCAACAAUCUCCGGAACCUGCGCUCCUUUGGGUGGCCGUUGCAUCUAACAAUCACAGAAUUUGCAUUAAGAAGAUCGGGACCUCUCUCGCAGCGUUUCCCACAGUUCAAGCUGAACUUCAGUAAGGUGUCAGGUUUACCGGCAACCGCGUAUGCUAAUCGCGUCGGAUCUGUCCUUCUACCAUCUUCAGAGUUUCACACAGCCGGCGUUUUCCGCUGGUUACCUCUUGAACACAAGGCGUUCUUGACUCCCGUUCAACGAUGCAUAGCCACCGCUUCGAGUCCCUCCUCUUCUGCCUCGGCAGAGCCGAUCGUGGCGAAGCCUCUGACUGGCAAUACUUCGCCGGCUGAUCGUCCAGAUCAUGACGCUGUUGGACCCUCUAAAUUCCGUUUGCUGGAAAUUGAUGUGGAGGACAUGGAAAAACAAAGGAGGAAGUUCAUCAAGAGAAAUAAUUUCUACGGGAAGGUCCUAUUGAGCUUUCUUCUGGCUGGUGGAGGGCUUAUGUACCUUGCAUACGCCGCUGCGGACGUUGGCUCGGGCCUGAUGCGUCACAUGGACGGUCUUCUGGAGCUUCUUUACGACCUUCUUCCCGACAAUUUCCCAGACCCAGAACUGGCCCACCACUUUGUCAUGUGGUUGGCCUCCAGAGGUUACCUACCCUAUGAUCUCGAAAGGGACGAUCCAGAGCUCAGCGUCAAUAUAAAGGGCUUGACAUUCCACACCCCGGUCGGUUUAGCGGCUGGUUUCGAUAAGGACGCCGAGGCUCCCUUGGGGUUUUGCAAAAUGGGAUUUGGCUUUGUAGAAGUCGGGACUGUCACCCCGAAACCCCAGGCCGGUAAUCCGAAGCCUCGCAUAUUUCGUUUAGCGAAGGACUGGGCAAUAAUAAAUCGUUGCGGCUUCAACAGCGCGGGAUUAGACGUCGUGGAGCCUCGCCUGAAAAAGGUGUCUGAAGAUCGAUGGCAUGACCGUCUGGCGCGGCGUUGCGUCAUAGGUGUCAACAUAGGCAAGAACAAGAACACCGAAAAGGCGGAAGAAGACAUCCGUGAAGGGAUCAGACGUAUUGGUCGCUUUGCUGACUAUUUGGUUAUCAACCUCAGUUCCCCUAACACACAGGGGCUUCGUGCCUUGCAGCAACGGGACCACCUCCGCAGCAUUAUCACCGCGGCGCAAAGUGAACUGGACAAGCUAGAGCAGGAACACAAAAUGCACCAGGCUAAAACUUCCCAGCCCGACGACACCGAACAGGAAAAAGCCAAAUUGCAACAAGAUAUGACGCAGAAGGCUCUUGAUUUCUUUCCAACACAAACAGGAAGGCGCCCUCUCCUGUUUGUCAAAAUCGCGCCAGAUCUGACGGUACAGGAGAAACAGGACAUUGCUGAUGUCGCGCUGGAGACAGGUCUAGAUGGGCUCGUUGUAACAAACACCACCAUCCAGCGCCCAGAGUCCCUUCAGAGCAGAAGUAAAAAGGAGACUGGGGGACUCAGCGGCAGGCCACUCAAGGCUAUGGCGACACAGUGCGUUUCAGAUAUGUACAAGAUGACUAAAGGCCAAGUCGCAAUUAUCUCCAGUGGGGGCAUCGAGACGGGGUUGGAUGCGUAUGAGAGGAUCAGAGCUGGCGCGAGCGCUGUUGAGGUGUACUCAUCGAUGAUUUAUAGGGGACCUGUGGUGGCUAGAAGAAUUAAGGAUGAACUUCUGAGCGUUUUGAACCAAGCAGGCAAGCCGUGA